AUGGGUGAUAGUGAGUAUACGCCUGGUGUGCUGAUACUUGCCGCUGUUGUUAUUUUCGUCCUCACAUCACUGACGUAUGGUCUUGCGAUCCCUAUGGGCCUCUUUAUUCCCAAUAUAAUGAUGGGUGCGUGUGUUGGUCGGCUGAUAGGUAUCUGGAUGCACCCCCUGGGAGGAUCAGUGGGCUCCUAUGCUGUUAUCGGUGCUGCUGGUAUGCUCGCUGGUUUCUCUAGAAUGACUAUAAGCCUGACUGCCAUCGUUGUUGAGAUCACUGGAGAUCUGCAACAGCUCCCCUAUAUUAUGAUCACUGUCAUUGUGGCGAAGCAAGUAGCUGAUCUGUUCCUUAAAGGUGCUUAUGAUCUUGUACUGGAAGUUCGACAGGUUCCUUACUUAGAGGAGCUCGAUUCUUACCAUGAGUACGCAAUGAGGGCACAGUAG